CACACUAUUAGGUUUACAAUGAAGUUUAUUUCAGUCCAGUGUGACAUAUAAUGCUUUCAGCAGUUAGUUACCUAACAUGUUUCGAUUCUUAAUGAAUCAUCAUCCGAGGUAUACUACUGCGAUCAGGAACCCACCAAUACGUAAAAGUUUUUAUAAGACUGUCUACACUUAAAACAUUCAUGAUGCUCACUAUAUGUAGUUGUUCAUUUUUCCAUUGUCGAAAUAGAUGUUUGAUGUAAACUUUUAUAAUAUGAACAUUCUUGAAGUAUAUUACUUAUAAGUGACGUAGUUGCAACCACUUUCAUAAAGGAUAGUUUAAAAAUAAAACGCUUUGCUGAUAAGCAGGAAUGGAAGAGCUCACUCUUAUUCCUACAAGGUAUUCAACACUUCAGAAUGUAGAAGCUAGUAAUAUCCAAAUAGUUGUCCAUAAAAAUAAAAAGAAGGAUGUUAAUAUAAAACCUCUUCACAUUGACCAAUUGAAAGAUAACAGAGCAGAGAAAAAAGAAAUGGACAUGAAGAAGGUUCGUUAUGAAGUUUUUAAAUUUGGAAUGUCAGGCUUUAAAGCAGAAAAGAAGGAAGAAGUUAAAGUAGCUCUAGCCAUCAAAUUAGGAGCUAAACCACCUAAACACAAAUAUUACAAUUAUAAAGAAUAUAAGUGUAUAAAAGAGAAGCAGCUAAAAGAACAGUCAGAACAGCGGAAGUUGCUUGCCGUUGGGAAGACUAAGACUGGGAAGCCAAGUACCAAAGGCAAGAAAAAAAUUAUGAGAAGGAAGAGGGAUAAACAUAAGGAUGGAAUUUUAGACCCAUAUGGAAAACCAGGAGAGGUUCUCACCUCAAGGAAAGUAAGGAAGUGAUAGUAAAGAAUGGUAAAAUCACGUAAAAUGUCUAUUUUCAUUUAUAUCUGUAACUUCAAAUGUAUAUUUCAU